AUGCCCUAUUCUGAUAGGCUUGACCAGUCCUCUAUGGCCGUAGAGACUGAGACUUCUAACACACACCUGUGCAUGCAGCCACAACGUCCUCAAGGAUAUUCGGCUGCGGCUUCACACUCUGCACAAAUCGCAAGCGACUCGCCAAAACUGACUGGCAGCAGUCUCUUGUCCUCCAAUGGAGAACAACUGUUACCACACAUCAGUAUACGAGGCGAGAAAUUCGACGCCAGCAGCUCUUCCUCCAUGACUAGUACGCCUUUGUCUUCCGGGUCAAUACGCAAUUCUCUUGAACCGCACCAGCAAAAGUUGAUCGCAGGGAGUAGCCGCCCGCAACACAUUUGUCAACGUGGAUGCGAUAAAGUAUUCCAGAGUCCCAAAGACUUAGACCGGCACUAUACGACCAGAGCACAUGCAACAAGUAGCCGUGGGGUGUAUGUGUGUCGAUGCGGCUAUUCUAACGCUCGCAAAGACCACUACUGCAGACAUUUGGCCCAAAUGUCAUGUGUACCUCAACGUCUUCAUUUCCAAUGCAUUUGCUCGGAAGCAGCAAGCGAAGCGGAUAUUAAUGAGCAUAGAGCCCACGUGAAAUUGUGCAAAGUAGGGAGCCGAGCACGCGGACGACCAAGAAAGACAGCGGUGAAAGGCCAGCGCCUCCGAGUGUGUCAGCCUCCUAGCAAACGAUGA